AUGGCUCAACAGCCCUCUGACCAGGUGCUCCUAGGAGCUCAGAUGAGGAGAGAAUUCAUGGGGAAGAGUUAUCAUCUAAAUUGUAAAAGAAUGUCGUGGCUGAUUAUUCCUCAGAAAGAUGAUAUCUUUAGCAACACAAGCCGGGAAUAUAUUGUAGAGGUCUGCUUUUCGAGCUAUGCGCGUCCAGGCCUGAAGUUUCGCGACCGCUCUUUGAUGAAUAUUGCGAUCCUUACAGCCCUUAAUAGAGGACCAGAGCUGCGUAUACAUAUCACUGCCGCACUUCACAAUGGUCUUACAGAAGAGGAGAUAUGCGAGGCCUGCAGACACACGAUGGUUUAUUGUGGUGUUCCCGCCGGCAGGGAUGCACUUUUAAUUGCGAGUGAUGUUGUUAGCUCUGUGGAUAAUCAACGCAAGGCUUAG